CAGUGGGGUUUUCUGACCUAAGCUAUUUAUUGCGGAUUUGAUUUAUAAAGCUAGUUUUAUUUUCUACAUGAAUUUUUGCAUUAAUUUUUUAUUCUCUUUGAGAAGUUCACUAUUAAACUUAUUUUACUGUUCUAAACAAAAUACCUGUCAUUUUAAAUAAUGUGUCAUCUUUUGUCGUUUUUUUGUAUUUGUGUAAAGUAUUCAAUUUUAUUUAUAAAAACUAGGGAAAUCGAUUUUUACACCCACACUUGCUAAAACCGGAUUUCGAAUUAUUUUCAUAUAUAAUUUCAAAACUGUUUUUAGCAUCUUAAAAUUAAACUCAAAACUAUAGCAAUCUAAAAUUCUAAAGAUUAUUAAUAGCGAUAGAUUCUUUACAUGUCAAGAGUUGCAAUUAUAUUCAGUUUUUAGCUAUUCCCUUCGGUCUUGACUUUGAAUAAAACAUACAAAUUUCUUAAAUUUUUUAGUUAUUAUUUGAUUCGAUUAAUUAGAUAUAAACUUCGGAUGACAAAAAAAUAUCCAUUCUUUUCUUUCUGACGAUUCGAAUUCUAAAAGCUCAACAUCCAUUGCCAUUGGGAUUGCCGAACAACCAGACUAGUAAGCAGAGUGUUAGCUCAUAGAACCAAACAAUCGAUUUUCAAUUGUAUUUGUAGAAUUCUAAUUAUUAACAUUUGAACGAAAUUUUAGUUAUCUUUACCACAUAUCAUUUUUAUAGAAUGUAUACAUACAUACAUACAUACAUACAUACAUACAUACAUACAUACAUACAUACAUGCUAUGUACAUAUAUCGAUGAAACACUGUUAUCUCCUUUGAGAAAGUAAGGUUAUUUUAAAAUGGGUGGGUAACAGGCAUUAUUAACAUAAUACACACUUUUUGCAAAUACGCACGUAUGUAUGUAUAUGGCAUAUACAUAUAUAUGCAAAGACGUUGGUGUUAUGCCCUUUUUGGGGAGAAUAGGGCUACCAAGUUUUAAAUGAGAAAACGUUUAACAUAUCAAAUGAGAAAACAUUGCAACAUUAAGUACUAAAAAAAACACAUUCAAAUUCUAUAUUAAAUAUCUAUAUUCUAUCGCCGCAAAUUCACAUAACUUUUGAGCUCAAACAAUAGCUUGUCCAUAUAAUAUAUAAAUUAGCUUGAGCUUUGCCUUAAAAUCCAUUUUAAAAUAAUUUUUGACUUGGCAACUCUAAUCAUUUAUUUUGUAAACAAAAGUCAGCUGUCGGUUUUAUUGCAAUUGUUUACAUUGUUUUUUCAAUAUUUAAAGAAAUUUUCAAACUCCAAAUCCAACAAAAUGUUUCCCAUAUCCCUAAAAUCCUUAAGUGACCAAGAACGUCAUGAUUACAUAUUGAAAACGUUUAUAUUAAACAAAAACUAUACAGCUGAAAAACGAAAACAUAAACGUGACAUCGAUGUCAUACGUGAACAUCAUCGAUUUUUAUGGGAUGAAGACAACGAUAAUGCCGCUGAAGAUUCCUGGGAGGUACGUUUAGCUAAACGUUAUUAUGAUAAACUCUUUAAAGAAUACUGUAUUGCCGAUCUCAGUCGCCAUAAAGAAAAUAAGGUGGCGUUACGUUGGCGUACUGAAGCAGAAGUGGUAUCUGGUGUUGGACAAUUUCAGUGUGGCAGUCGUAAAUGUUUGGAAAAGGAACAUUUACGCAGUUGGGAAGUAAAUUUUGCUUAUCAAGAACAGGGUGAACGUAAAAAUGCUUUAGUUAAAUUGCGUCUGUGUCCCGAGCAUUCGGAGCAAUUGAAUUACACAUCUAAGAAACGUGAAGUAAAACGUCUCAAGCAUAUGGAACGUCAACAGAUAAAAGAAGCUAAGCGAGAAAAACGUAAAUCUUUGAAAAAUAAAAAAACACAUACCACUGAAAGUGAUAAAGAUGUUGAUGGAGAGGAAUUACAAAGUGAAGAAGGCAAUAAUGUUAUGGAAGAUGUAACGGAAAAACAUAAUGAUGAAUUAGAAGAUUGCACAAGAUUGAAUAAAAGUAAAGCAGAAGAUGAUGAAAUACAGGCGGCGUCCGAAGAUGUUUGGAAUAAAAAACCGGAUAUUGAAGUCGAACCAGUUAGUAGAGAAUCUGAAUUUGAACGUUAUUUAGAGGAUUUACUAUUGUAAUUUUAAAAAGAUAAAAAAUUUGUAAUAGUAGAUUAACUCAAGAUGUAAAGG